UUUUCUCUCUUUAAAACAAGAUUGCCAACAGCAGUUGAUGAAAAAUGCAAAUUACAGAAGUUAUAGAAAAGCUGAGAUGCUGUAAAAACACAGAACCUGCAUAUAAAGUCAAAGAGAAAACAUAUUCUAUGCUCUAUAGUAAAUUAACAACAGGCUGCAUCCAGCUAUUAGAUCUACAAUCCCAUUCAUCAGAACUUUUAAAGUCAGUCUGUCGAGAUAUUCUUCUAGAAAAUGCAAAUCUGGUUCUUUCCGCACUACAAAUCCUUCACUUGAUUCUUAAUGAUAAUUCAAGUAGCAGCCCAGGACCAGAUGUUGACUUAAUUUUUUCAUCACUGGUGAUGCGCCUCAAGCACUACAUGUCAAUAGAUGUCACAAAACUAGUUUUUCAGUGUUUAGCCGCAGUAGAGUUUACAACUGACUGUGUUGUUAAAGAGAUUCCAAAUCUUGUGAAAUGUAUGGAAGAAUUAAGUGACCAUAUUGCUCAGGAAGGAAUGCCUCACAAAGAAAUUGUAGAUUUGUUUACUAGGUUUGAAACUUAUUUGGGGGAAAGUCUUGCAGCAUCAUCACAUAGCUGGUCUGUUUUUAUUUUCCCUGGCCUUUCAAAUAUUGAAGAAACAGUUCGAGAAAAAAGCUUUGCACUGUUGGAUAAAUUCACUGCAACACUGAGUCAGUCUCAACCAGUGGCUCAACACUUGGCAAAAUUAAUUUCUGGUGGAUUGGCACUCUCAUUAAAACAGACCUAUACCAAUAAUGAAUUAUUUGUUAUCAAAUCAUGGAUGCUCAUUGUCAAAGUUCUAGGAAAGGAACUUCAUCGAGGUGGAAGUACAAUAAAUGCAUUAUUGGGAAUUAUUGAACUUGCGUUCAAGGGUGUACCUGAAAUAAGAAGUCAAGCUUUUGUUGCAUGGCGAUAUCUAAUUGAUAAUUUUGCUUUGGAUAAAAAUGUUAUAUCAGAUCCAAAAAGAAUUAAACUUUUGAUGAUGGUAAUGAAAAUUGAUAACUCCAAAACUGAAGAUGUUGCACUUGAAAAGCUGAAAACCUGGUGGCAUAUUAUAAUAUCAUUGGAUGCUAAACUAUCUGUAAAUUUUGAACAAAUUGUUUACCCUUUGCUGCAGUUCUGUGUGGGUAGCAUCAAACUUCAAAAUUCAGCUGCUAAAAUUGGUCAGUCACCUAGAUUGGCUUUAAAAAGUCCAAACAGUCCAGCUACUCCAGGACUUGCCAGCCAUAAGACAUCAGUUUACCUCAUAAUUCAGAAACUUGGCUGUCAGGUUGUGGCACAUCUCUUGAAAACAACAGAACACAUUGCACAUGAAAUUGAUUGGACACUAGCUCCUUUAACGCAUGAGGUUUUUGUUGGCUCCUCCUCAUUUGUCAAACAUGCUCCAGUCAUUAUAAAUACAGUCAAAGACCUUUUUCUGAAUGUUGGCAGUGAUAUUCAAGAAUCAUUAGCCAUUUGUAUAUGGAUGGCUCUGGCAGAUCAUCUUAAAUCUGCUUUUGACAGCUCUGUCAAAACAGAAUGUCGUGAUGUUUUUAGCAGCUUUCUGUCAUUAUUACAAACUGUUGUGCAGUGUAACAUAUUUCCUACAUCUACUGCCUGGCGAAUGAUAGAAGCCUGCUGCAGUUUCCCUCAAAAGGUUUUGGCCUCCACUGCCUUUACUAUUAGCAGUGGUGUUUCAGUCAGGUCAAGUCCAGCUUUGUUUUUGUCUGAGAUUUUGUUGAGCCAGUGUGUUCAAGAAAGUUUCCCUGCUCAGGCCAGUUUAAAUCAUCUGUUGUCAUUGCUUGUUGAUGCUGGUGUGAGCAACAAACAAGGUGCAUUACAGUUCCUGCAGUCUGUUACAAGCUUUCUUGAUACACAAGCCAAACUUAUAUCAUCUGCUUCGUUGUUUAAUGCUUGGCAUAUCUUUGCCAUAAAGUUACAAACCCAUGUCAGCACUACAAAUGAAGUCAAUCAGGGGGAUGCGCUUGAGUACAACUUUGGCUGCAUGUACGCUGUUCUUCUGUUCCCACUCAAGCAUGAUUUCCCCAGCAAAUUAUUACCAGCUGAUUGUCGAGCAUUUAUUAAGAUCUGGAAAGAUUUGUAUCAUAACUUUGCCAGACUUUCUGCCCUAGUCCCUACAGCUGAGGCCAAUGCAUGUUUUGAGCACUUGUCAGCAAAAAUAAUCCUCUUAUGGAAUCCAUUGUUUGAGUCACCAGUAACUUUGGAGUGUUUAGCCUGUCUGUGUUUGAAGAUGAUUGACUGUGUAGACUUUUCAUCCAUUUCCUUGAACCAUUCACUUUCCACAAGUCCUAGCAAAUGGGCACGCAAAAGGCAAAAGCCUUUGGGAAGCCUACAUUCAUUUGUUCACUUGCUUGCUAUUUUACAAAGCAAAACAAAUGUAACUCUUUCAAAGUUAGAUGAGGGAAAGAUUGUUGAACCACAGCAUAUAGCCCUUGUGCCCUCUCUAGUCACUUCAUUAAUAGACAUUUAUUUGAAAUUGUUUAGUCACAUAACAACAAACAGUAUCAUCAUUAACUGCCUGUCAACUUUAGCUGCACCUAUUGCAUAUUUAUAUCAGCCUCAAAAGACUACUUCAUUUAACAUCAAGUUGGAAAAACUUUGGCAAGAAAUGUGCAACUGUGUUUCUAGUCGCUACUGUGGACAGUAUGAUUCUGAAUUCUUAGAGUACAUGUCCCCGCUACUAACCAACAACUUUGUGCACAGUUGUCGAAGCAUAAAAAACCAGACUUUUUCUUUCUGGAACAUAACUUUCAGUCGCUUGUCAACUCUUGUGUACCCUGAUGCACUUAAACCUGUUCUUGCUCAGUUGAAGGAAAGGAAAGUGAUAAUUCUUCCAGGAUGGAUAGGAAAUGAGGAGACACCAACAGUAAUAGCGGAAACACCCUUUAGUGAAAUGAACAUGGGAGAGUCACAAGUGAUUGAAUCUGAAAUACCAGGCAUGCCAUCUCCUAAGCAGCAGAAAAGAAGCCUUCUUUCAUCUCCGAAGUUAUCACCCAGUCCAGGAGCCAAAGCAUCACCUGUAAAAGUGGUUGAUCCUAAAACUCAUAGUUUUUUCCCAUCAGCUUGUAAAAAAAUAGCUGUUGAUCUCCUUCCAGAUAAGGAUUUUGUGGUUAUCAGUUCACCGUCUACCCAAAAAAAAAGACUUUUGACAGAACAUCAAAAAGAGAUGAUGAAAGAAAAACGCAUUCUUCCUGCCAUGUAUAACAAUUUAGAUGCCUCUCAAGAUAUUUCCCUAGGAUCACAGUUUGCUAGUGACACACAACAAGAUGAGUCCACCGCAGAUCUUGCUGUAAAUAACACAAGCGAUGUUCAAGAAAAGGUUAAUACGGUUGCACAAAAAGUUGACAUACCUGUAAGUGACACCAGUAGCAGUGUGGAGAACUUUGUAGCACCACAUCCUGUUAAAAAAUAUCAGAAAAGACAGACUGUUCGAAUCAAAGAGUAUUCACCAACUGUUGGUGAAACAGAAGAAAUCCGUUUGUUGGAAGCUGCAUUAGAAAAAAAAUUGAAGAACGAUGUUUCACCAAGCAAGUCAAAUCCAGCGUCAAGAAAGUGUCCCAAAGAAAUUAAGCUUGAGCCAGAAAAUGUUUCUCAAGCUAAAACAUCAGCUGGAAAAAAACAAACAGUAGAAGUAAAACAGGAAGAAAUCCCUAAACAUACAGCAGAUUCACCUUUCUAUAUGUUCAGGAACAAAAAUGCAUCAGUAGACAAAGAUAUUGGUAUUUGUUCCGUAAGUUUAAGUCAAGAUUCUGUACCCAAAUCAAGUGAUAAAAGAAAAAAUUCCCUUAGAAAAGUUCAGAGUCAGGAUUAUGUUUCAGAGGUUAAAUCCCACCAGACAAGAUCUCAAACCUCUGAGCCAAUACUGCCUAAUGUACGUACACCUCGUAGAGUAACACUCAAGAAAAUUGUUGAAAAAGAAAACCAAAAAACUUCAGAUGAUGCUCACACCACUUCAAACAAUUCUGAUCAACCUGCUGAACUAGAUACACAGGCCAGAGCUUGUAAGAAAGUUGACUCCACCAAGGAGGACUGUGAAACUUCCUGCACACUUGUUGAAGACACCCAAUCACCUAUGAAAUCAAUAAAAGAGCAUGCCAGGAAUCCAGGCCACACCAUUGCUGAGACCCCCACCAAAAGUGAGGACAGUGUGUCUCCACCUACAAGAUCUCACAGCGCCCGUAAACUUUUUGCUGAUGUUGAACGGCCAACUCCUGCCACCUCGGGGGAUGUCUUUGGAUCGCAAGGAUUCACUGCUUCCAUGGAGGAGGAAAAAACUGAAAAAAAUGCAUCAACAAAUCACCCAGAAAGUGAGAAUCUUUUUCCCAGCACACAAGAAAGUUUUGCCUUACAAAUGCCAACGUUAGGUUCAGUGCUGCCACAAGGAACUCCAGCAAGUGAUGGCAGCCAGCAGCCUGAGCCUGAAGCAGAUCCUCCUGCUGUGCUACACUCAAGUUCAGAGGCUGACUUUCUUCCUUCUCAGCCCACUCUUACUACUGAAAGCCCUAAGAACAUAGUCAACAAGAGAAAGAUCAAAGUUCCAAAGAAAUAUACACCAUUUACUUACAGAAAAACUCGUCAGAGGCGCAAUGCAAUGAACAAUUCUGAUGCAUCUCAGGAGGCUGGGAAGAAAUUGAAUGUUGAGAAGAAAAGAAAAUUAACGCAACAAGUAAAGGCUUUAGUUACAGAACAAUCCCCUCCUCAGUUAGUAAACAAUUCUCAAAAUAUUUCCAAAAAUGGCAGCAAAGUAUCUCCUGAAAAAAAUGGUGCCUCCCAUAUGGAAUCAAAGUCUGUUCAAGAGGUGACACCAGAUGUUAAAUCUCCAGUGAAUGUAAAUGCAAACAGAAGACACAGUGCAACCAAAAGAAGUGGAAGACUUGCUAAAACAAUUGAGAGAGAAUCAGCUGCAAAAAGACAUAGCUCAAGAAAGAUAGAGAGCUACAGUGUUGUUGUUGUCAGUGAAUCUCCAAGGGAGAAUGAGCCAAAAUGUGCAAUAGAAGUAGAAGAAAGCCCAGAUGGUAAAAAACCUAGAACAGAAUCCUACCAUCUGUCAACAACUACAGAAAAAUGUACACAAUCAAAACCUGAUCCUACAAAGUCAAUAAACCUAAAUAAAAAGAGAGCAGCUCGACGUCGUCUUGCUACUAGCACAGAUGUUGACACGCCUAAAAAAAAAAUGAAAUUGAUGGAAAAUGAAGCUUCCAGUGGGGAUGAAGAUGACCAACCUCUGUCACUUUUGCAAAAAAAUAUGUCACAAGAAAAAGAAAACGCAAGUCACAUCAAUAAAAAUGUUAGCACCUUGGAACUGCCUGUUGAAAGUGUUGCUGGUGACCUUGUUGGAGAUAGUCAUGUAAUCACUCUGGACAGUCCUCUGCUAACAGACAAUGUUAUAGACUUAGAUAUUGACAGCAACGACACUUUUAAUGACAGUAAGUCUCAAAUAGUUGAUAAGGCUUUGAAUACUGCGCUGUCCCAGAUAUCAGCAUCAGUACAGCAUGCUCUAGCAGCAAGUGACAUUAUUUUUAGCACAGAUUCAUCAGCAACCUCAACUCAUCAGCUCCUAGUGCCUGUGCCAGAUACCAGAAUAGAUGCCACCAAAGACCUGGCCACUACCAACACAGCAAGUGCUUCAGGUUCAGAACUUGCACAGAGCAAUCACAAUGAUCAUAUAUUUUACCAUUUGAACAAGCCACUACCAGCAGAAAGAUGCCUAAGCUUUAAUGACAAUAUAGUGAUUGACAUUGAUUCUGAAACUGAUUGUACAGGGCAGUCUUUGCCUCAUAUAGCAUCACAAUCUACUAAUGGUUUAAAUAUUGCUCCUGUUGACUCCAGUCAAGCCACUGAAGUGAUAGAAAUAGACAUGGAAGAUGACAAAGAAAAUAAUGAAUCUGCAUUGGAAAACACAGCUUGUGAUGGUUUAACACGCAAUGUAGAUAACGAAGAUUGCUUUGAUAAAGAAGGUAUAAGACCAUCUGAUGAUGUCUUCCUAGAACCAAGCCAACUAAAACCAGCAGCGGCACUGCAAAAUGUGGAGAAUUUGACAGAAAUGGAUGUAGGUGUUCAGACGACCCCUGAAAGGUUGCUGGAAGAAAAAUGUUUGUCUAGUGAUGAGGAAAAGGAGGACGAGCAUGUCCUUCAUGACUGGUCUCCGUCCAAGUCUCCAAGCUGUAGCAUACUGAAAAAGGCCACAGAAACUCCCCCAUCUGGACAAAACCGCAGGGUGUCAUUUGCUGAGCCAGUUGUAAGUGGGGAAAGUCCUAUCAGAGUCAAAUACCACAGUGAGGCUCUACCCACUUCUCCUCUUAUAGUGUCCAGGGAUUUAGCUGGGAAAAAACCUCAUCUCUGUGUCAAGUCUUUGCGAAGAGUUUCUGGUUACAGGAGAAAACUCGACCCAACACUUAAAAAGGAUUCAAUGCUAAACUUGUCAACUAAAAAGUCCACUGGUCCAGUGGUUCACCAGCUUUCACCAGGCAGCUACAAACCUACCCAGGAGUCUCAGUUGGACAGCACUCAUCCAAUUUUCCCUGAUUUGAUAGGCUGUGUGAAGCCUCUGGACGACAUUCUUCCACAGCUCACUUCCUCAUUAUGGUACAGAGGCUUGUGCCAGCUGAUGAAAGGUCGUAACCUCAAUACUAUAGGAGACUUGAGUAGCUUGACUGAGGUGCAGAUCAAUCAAUUACCAAUCCGACAUCCAAAGGUGCUAACAGUCAGGUCAACCUUAGCAGCGUAUGUAUCCCAGCAUGGUCUACUUAAAAGCAAUUCUACUGCAGAGUGCAACCUACAGCCCAAAGAUAACAGUACAGAAAAAAUGGAUGACACUGAACCCAAUGUUGAGACUGAUCAAGACACACAGCAACCAAUAGAAGUACUACUGAACUACUACUACAACUACUUUGUACUACUGAACUACUACUACAACUGCCACUUGUAUCUUGACACCGGUACAGAAGACUCCAGCAAGAGCCUCCCUGCUCAAGCAUGUCCUGUGGACACAAGUGAUCCACUAGCACUGACUACCUUAAUGUUACUUGACCCAGACAGCCAGUCCUCAAGUUUAAAGAGAUCCAGUACAGCCCAACUCCUAGAGCUACUGACUCAAGUACAAACAUUGUCUAGUCAUGUCAUCAAUGAAAUUAAAAGCAGACAAACACAUUGA